AUGCCCAAUCCUGACUCGUUUAGCGAUUCAGACCCGUCUGACACUGACGUGGCCGCUGUGGAUCUCAGCCUCCCCGGUCCUGAGGCUAGCCCGGGAACGCUUCGUAAGAGGCUUGAGGAUAUGCAGCUGCAGCUAGCAGCACUUGUCGUCGAUAAGGACAAGGCCGCCCGCGAGAAUGCCACUCUCGUGGCAGAGAACAUGGAUAAACGGGGCCGAGCAAAGAAAAGUGUAUCCAUGUCGAUCCCCGAUGCCGACGACGCGAAGGAGUUGGGAAAGAAGCUGGCCAUCAUGUGUGAAGCUUGGUCGGAUUCCAAUUCCUUCCUAAAGCCACGACCUGAUCUUCAUCCCAACUCCGAGGAACGCUACAGCACUUUCGAAACGUACAAGCUCGGCAUCACGUCUGCGAUCUACGACUUCUUACCAAAGAAGUACCACAGUUUCCUACAGUCACGAAAUGAUUGGUGUAGCCUGCUUCGUAGAAAGCAGGGAGAGGGUCGGGCGGACGCCCUCAAGUAUCUAAAGAGGGCCGCUCCUCUUAUCUUCAAGGAAUAUCCCAUCCCCGCGAGCGAUUGGGCCUCACCUGCCACACGAGCCAGCUCCACCAUCAUCCAGUCGCUACUCAAGUUUCCAGGUGAUAAAAAAUACCCUGAAGUUCCCCCUCUUGUCUACCCAAACCUUGAGGCGAGCCCUAAAAGGGUCUUUUGCAAUCCAAUAAUUGGCCGGGUUUUGCGGGUUAUCCUCUUCGGAUUCGCAUCACUCGAUAAACCCACGGUCCAUACGUCGACGCUCGGAAAACUGUGGGGCAUAAACGAGCUCACUCCGGCCUCUCUCGCGUUCGCAGUUAUUGCGGCCGUUUUUCUACUUUCACCUGACAGCUCACUGAACGAGACUGGCCUUGUUAGCCUAAUCCCCUACCGCGAGUAUUAUUACAAACUCAAAGGCACCCUCAUGCUCCACGCCGACUCAGCGCCCAUACGCAAGGCGUUUCGCAUCCAUCAAGAAAUUGUAUUCGCAGGAAUUACCUACGACAGCGCGGCAUCAGAGGCAGUGAACGCUGCCCCAGAAGGACAGCAUGGGGUCAGCUCCCUUUGCGAGGCCCUCCGGGAUAUCGAUAGCGACGACGACGACGACGAAACCAUUCUACACACAGGUACCAGGCAUGUCGAGCUCGAAACGUUCGACCUCAGCAAUGUAACGGAAAGUGACGGCGACGAACCGGCCGACCCACCCAUCGACGCAGCAUUUGCGGCCCCACUCGAACAGCCGACUCUCACUACCACACCUGCAGCACACGAUACCCCCAUCUCUGCGAAUCCUAAGAGGGGCGGGAACAAGAAGGGGCGCGUUGGUGGUCGAGGACGCGGCACAGGACGCGGUGCGAAUCAUGCUGAGGUAAAUCAAGACGUAGCCCCGCCCCGCCGUGUGAGUGGUCGUACACGUGCGUCCUAA